GAAGUCUGCGCGGGGAGGGUGGUCUGCUGGUGACGUCAUCGAGAGGCAGGGCCCGGGUGAGGUUAUGGCGGUGGCUGCUCGCGGAGCUGGGGUUGCGUUUCGGGAAGAUGCGUUCGGUGGGAGCAAAGGUGCAGCGGGAAGGGCUGGGCUGUCGGAGACACGUCAGGGAUCAGCGAAUCUUGACAAAUCACCGAAUCGUCAAGAUUGGAAGAGACCUUUAAAAAGGGCAAUAAGGCUGGAGAAGAGUCGAGCACGCUUCCUGUGAGGAGCGGCUGAGGCAGCUGAGCCUGGAGAAAAGGAGACUCAGGGGACAUCUUAUCCCUCUCUACAACUCCUCCUGUCGGUGAGGGUCGGGCUCUGCUCUGCUGUGUCCCAGGGAACAAGGAACAGGACAAGAAGACAUAACCCUAAGCUGUGCCAGGGGAGGUUCAGGUUGGAUACUCAGGACGAAAUUCUUCACAGCAUGAGUGGUUGGGCAUUGAAAUGGGCUACUCGGGGAGGUGUCACCUCCCCUGGAGGUGUUGAAGAAAAGACUGGAUGUGGUAUGCAGUGUCAUAGUCUGGUUGUUGGGUCAGGUUGGACUGGAUGAUCUCAAAGGUCUUUUCCAACCUAGCUGAUUCUGUGGUUCUGUCACCCAGUCUGACCAUGUACCUGGCAUGCCACUGUAACUUCUAAACCAGUAAACCACAUUACUCAGUGCUGGGUACAUAUGCCUCUUAAACAGCUGCAGUGUGGUGAUUCCACCACCCACUGGGCAACCCCUUUUAACCCCUGACCACACAAACAGUAAAAAAAAAAUUUCAAAUAUUUAAUCUGAAUCUCCCCUAUCUCAGCUUAAGGCCAUUUUCUUUGGUCUUGUCUCUGCAGGCACAGCAGAAGAGCCCCAUCCCCACCUCACUACAUGUUCCUGUCAGUAGUUCUAGAGAGCUGUGAGGUCAUCCCUGAGCCUCCUCUUCUUGAGACUAAACAAACCCAGCCUCAUAAGACACGUUUUCUAGCCCCUUUACAAGCCUUGUUACUCUUCUCUGGACACACUCCAGCCCCUCAAUAUCCUUUUUAAAGUGAGCGGCCCAAAACUGAACACAGCAGUGCCAAGAACAGCGGGACAAUCACUUCUCUGGUGCUGCUGGCCACACUAUUCCUGAUACAGGCCAAGAUACCCCAGGUCACCAGAGUGACUAUCAAAGCCCUGGUGCCAUUGGUGGAGGCUCUGAGGGCCCCUGACAGCAAGAGGGUUUGGUCCCUUUAGUCCCUUGCUGUGGGACCAGGGUGGGGAGCUCCGGUUGGAUUGUGGGGUUGGGGUGUCCUGUAGGCAGCUCCCUCUGUGAAUGGCAGAUGUGAGGCAAUGCAUGCAGUCUGACAGCUCCCAGGGUAUUUGUUUAUCACACCCAUGGAGGCAUAAAUAGACCCAGAGAUUCACUGAGGGGUGACUGAAGGAGUUAGAAUCUUAGCUCCUGGAUUUUGGGACUCCGCAGCUCUAUGUUUCCUGGUGUCUGGUAGCAAAAAGGCCUUUCUUUUCUAAUAAGGUCUCCAGAUAAUAUCAGAAAUCCUGUUUUCUUAACAAUAAUACAGCUUAGAAGGCAUCCUGCACUUCCUGAGAGAGAUUGAUUUUCCUAGGAUUUGGAUCAGGGAGUUCCCUUCUAGAUUAUGUGUUCUGUUAUGGGAACAAUGGGAGCUGUAACAGACAUUUACAGUAAACUUGAAAAUACCUAUUGAGAUUUAAAACUUUCCAAGUUGUUUCACAUCCUUCAUUUUAUUGUGGAGUUAUUUAAGUUGGGAAAACCCUUUAAGACCAUCAAGUCCAACCAUUAACCCAGCACUGCCAAGGACACCACUAAACCAUGUCCCCAAGUGCCACAUCUGCAGUUUUUUCAGAUGCCUUGAGAGAUGGUAACUCCAUCAUUGUCCUGGGCAGCCUCUGCCAGGGCUUGACAGUGCUUUCAGUGAAGAAAUUUUUCCCAGUAUCCACUCUAAACCUCCUCCGGUGCAACUUCUAUAAUACAAUUUGAACUUGGGGAAAUCAGUAUUCUUCAUUAGGUAGUAUCACAUGUACAGCUGAGGAACCUGGUGGCCCAGCAGCAGUCCAGGAUCAAAGAAAUGAAAAUGUGCUUUAAAAAAGUCAGAAAGCUUGAGAAGGGAUGGAAUUUUAACUGUGGUGAUUGCAUUCAGCUCCACUGGAGUGCAGCAGAGCCUUGCUCUUAAUUUUUCCUCACUUGGACUGGUUCUAGGGCAGGACCUGUGCUUUAAAUGCUUCUGUUCUCUUGUCUCUUCAUUUGCCGAGCCAGUGAAUCUGUGCAGGAGUGACAAAGAAGAAAAGACUCCAACCCUGUAUAUUGGAUUUAUUGUGAGUCCUGUUUAGACAUCGUCAUCCUCCCCAGCUAAUAUUUAAAGUGUUACAGCCAGGGCACAGGCAGUUGAAAUACAAUUUAUAAACAUGGCAAAAGGAAAGAAAAGCUGUUUGACUUUUAAUUAUUACCAAAAAAUUACAUCAUUCCAGCCUCACCCUUUUCCAGUGCAGCCUGGAUCAGUCCAUGGCAGAUGGUGGGGCUGUGUUUCCACCCCUGGGGCAGUCGGCUCCAGGUGUACCUCAUGCCCCUCCAGGUAAAAGCAAACUGAGGCCUGCAUUCUGUUGCCACAAUAAUGGAGAAAAAUGUGUUAGCAAUGUCAACAGUGGCGUACCACGUUGCUGCCUUGGACUCCAGCAUGUCUGGCACAGCAGCACUCAUCAGUAGAGUAACUUCAUUCAAGGCACGAUAGUGCACAGUGUUCCAUUCUCCAUUCUCUGUUAGACUUGUGCACAGGCCAAGUGGGACUGGGGAAGGGUGAGUGGGCCUUACUGACCAUCCCUUGGCUCUCCAGCUCAUGGAUCAUCUUGUGUGAUGGCAUCCCAAUUCAUCCAAAACUGCCAGUGGUGCACUGUUGAGGUUGCAACUGGGACACAUUGUUCCUCCACCUUCAGGAGUCCAGGUGCAGAAGGACCCUCUCACAGUCCAGGCAAGAGCCACCGGGCGGGACACGGCGUGCCAGAGCCACCGGGGAAACAGCGGGGGACGCGGUGAGAGACACCCAGGGAACAGCGGAGUGUUCGGGCUCCGACACUCACCGAGGCCACCAGCGGGGGACACCGUUCGCCACAGCCACCGAGCCACCAGCGGGGGACAAGGCUUCAAGGAUCAUGGCUGCCAUCGAGGAGCGCACCUUCAUUGCCAUCAAGCCCGAUGGUGUCCAGAGGGGGCUGGUGGGGGAGAUCAUCAAACGCUUUGAGAAGAAAGGAUUCAAACUGGUAGCCAUGAAAUUAAUACAUGCCUCUGAGGACCUUCUGAGGGAACACUACAUUGACCUCAAGGACCGGCCAUUCUAUGAUGGCCUGGUGCAGUACAUGCACUCGGGACCUGUUGUAGCCAUGGUGUGGGAAGGUCUUAAUGUGAUUAAGACUGGAAGAAUGAUGCUGGGGGAAACCAAUCCGUUCGAUUCCAAGCCCGGCACUAUUCGUGGGGACUUCUGUGUCCAAGUUGGAAAGAACAUCAUUCAUGGCAGUGAUUCUGUGGAAAGUGCUGAGACAGAGAUCAGCUUAUGGUUCACUCCUGAAGAACUGGUUGAUUACAGAAGCUGUGCUCAUGAGUGGAUCUAUGAUUAACACCCAGCCUGGAUCUUCUGAUAUUCCUAUGUCCAUGAGCAGCUGCCAGCCUCUAGCUAUUCCAAAGAAUUCCCUGAUAGAAACCUCAGAAAACAGUGAAAUUGCUCUAUUGUGGAUGUUAGAGUCAGUGCUUGCUGCUCCUUUGAUUUUAAAAUUGUCAAGUUACAAAUGGAAUUGCACAUUUUAAAAGCUGCUUCUGGGACUGAGAGAUAUGAGAUGAAAACACAGAAUAGAUAACAUAUAUUUUUUCUGAAGCAUUUCAUAGUCAUAGAGGGUAUUUUGGUAAACAUUAAAAAAAUGGGUAAAAAUCUAUUUGGUAAAUAAAUAUGCAAAUGGUUCAGAGUCAGAGGACAACUUUGCUAAAACAUUAGAGGACAACUGAUGGUGUGUAAGUGCAUUGAUAAUAUGCCCAAAUGUUGAGGAUUUACUUAAUAUUAAGUCAAGUGUGUCCCCAUUCCUAAAAUGGCUGCAGAAAAAAAAGCCCAUUUCUCUCCCCAGAACAGGCUGUGCCCAUAAAGAGCUCAACUCUGGCUAAAAUGGCAACUGGCCUCCACACUGACACUGUUUCAACUGGCUCUUUUUUCUUUCCACAUGGGAUUUAUGUAGUAUUUUAAGGACCGAUUAACCAGCCAGGCUUGAUGAAAUGUCCUUUUAUGUGAAAAGAAGAUUAAUGUGAGGAUAGCUGAAGGAGAUUCUACCUUUAGCCAUUUCAGUGCAGCAGCUCUCUGACAUUGCACAGAGCAAUAAGUGGUGUUUGCUUUGCCAGCUGGUAAUUUAGCUGUGUUCUCAUUAGUGUAGUUUCCUCAGUAGCUGGAACUACAAACCAAAUGGUCCUUGGAUAAAUUGUUUUAGAAGUGACUUUCUCACUAUCGUUUUGUAUUUAUUUAAUGAUGUAAAGAAGUGGAGUCAUAAUAAUGCAGAAGGUAUUUCAGUUUCAACAGCAAAAGUUGUACUGGAUGAGGCAGUUGGGAUUGAUAUUAUGUAUUUAUUUCCCUGCAACAUUAUAUUCACUAAGAGCAAGAGUUUCAUGGAAUUAGUCGCUCGAGCUCACGAUUUUUUUUUCCCCCACAGUGUGUUCUUGUAUCUGAAUACUGAGCUAUGCCGUGAAUGUUGAAUUGAAGGCUUAUGAUACCUUAUGGUGAUAUCAAACUCCUAAAAAGAGAUGGCACAAAAUAAAACAAUAUUUGCUGUUUGUUAAGUGAAAUAAAAUGACAUUUUAAAUA